GCAUCCGCGUCCGCCUGGGUCUUGGGGGGCUGCCAGGGAGCGCUGCCCCGUCCCUCUCCCCUCCUGUAGCGCAGAGGGACCCCCCCGAGCCGGGCCAGGCGCUUGCCCCACUGCAGCGCUUGUACCCCGGGUUGGCCGGUGCGUCCCAGCAGCAUGGGGAAGCAAAACAGCAAACUGCGUCCCGAGAUGCUCCAGGACCUGCGGGAAAACACCGAGUUCUCCGACCUGGAGCUGCAGGGCUGGUACAAGGGUUUCCUGAAGGACUGCCCCUCGGGCAUCCUCAACGUGGAGGAGUUCAAGAAGAUCUAUGCCAACUUCUUCCCCUACGGUGACGCCUCCAAGUUCGCCGAGCACGUCUUCCGCACCUUUGAUACCAACGGCGACGGCACCAUCGACUUCCGAGAGUUCAUCAUCGCCCUGAGGUCCCGCGGGAAGCUGGAGCAGAAGCUGAUGUGGGCCUUCAGCAUGUACGCCCUAGACGGCAACGGCUACAUCAGCCGGGAGGAGAUGCUGGAGAUCGUGCAGGCCAUCUAUAAAAUGGUCUCCUCCGUGAUGAACAUGCCCGAAGAUGAAUCGACUCCAGAGAAAAGAACAGAAAAAAUCUUCCGACAGAUGGAUACUAAUAACGACGGCAAGCUCUCGCUGGAGGAGUUCAUCAAAGGUGCCAAGAGCGACCCGUCCAUCGUGCGCCUGCUGCAGUGCGACCCCAGCGGUGCCACGCAGCUCUGA